GCAGGCGGCCUGGGUCCCGGGGAGGGAAGCCCACCACCUGUUGGGGCCGCGGGAGCGCGCGGCGCGGGGCCGGGCCGGGCACAGCCCCCAUCCCUCCCAGGCCAGUCCGGCCCGACGCGGGGCGCGCGCGGAGGGACGGGGGAGGCCCGGCGCUGGAAUGCAGCGUUCUCGGGCGCGAGAGACUUUGCACCGGAGUCGAGACUCGUUUGGGGUGGGGUUUCGCCCGGUCUCCUCCUCCCCACCCCUUGGGCCCCCUUCCAGGCGCUUUGUGGGAGCUUUCAGAACCGCGCUCGGAAGUUUAAAGCGCAGCGAGGAGCUUGUGCCGUAGGCAGGGACAAUGGAAGAAAACGAAAGCCAGAAAUGUGAGCCGUGCCGUCCUUACUCAGCAGACAGCAGACAGAUGCAGGAACAAGGAAAAAGCAAUCUGCAUGGAACAUUAGAAGAUGCAGAAUGUCGCAGAACUAAGGAACGCCUUCCUAAUGCCAACAGUCGGGUUUCAGGUUCCAAGUCAUCCCGCAAUAUCCCAAGGAGACACACUCUAGGUGGGCCCCGAAGUUCCAAAGAAAUACUGGGAAUGCAGACAUCUGAGAUGGACAGGAAGAGAGAAGCGUUCCUAGAACAUCUAAAGCAGAAAUACCCGCAUCAUGCCACAGCAAUCAUGGGCCACCAAGAGAGGCUGAGAGACCAGGCUUUGCAGUGCAUGCUGAUCUCUCUUCAGGCAGAACUUGACAUUCAAAGGUACUUGAUGAAAAUUGAGUCAUCCCAGCGAACAAGAAGCCCCAAACUGUCUCACAGUCCCCAACCUCCCAAUUUGGGCGACCCGGUCGAGCAUUUAUCAGAGGCGUCUGUUGAUUCCUUGGAAGCCAUGUCUGAGGGAGACGCUCCAAGUCCUUUUUCCAGAGGCAGCCGGACUCGAGCCAGCCUUCCGGUGGUGAGGUCGACCAACCAGACGAAAGAAAGAUCUCUAGGGGUUCUCUAUCUCCAGUAUGGAGAUGAAACCAAGCAGCUCAGGAUGCCGAAUGAAAUCACAAGUGCAGACACAAUCCGUGCUCUCUUUGUAAGUGCCUUUCCACAGCAGCUCACCAUGAAAAUGCUGGAGUCGCCCAGUGUCGCCAUUUACAUCAAAGAUGAAAGCAGGAAUGUCUAUUAUGAAUUAAAUGAUGUAAGGAACAUUCAGGAUAGAUCGCUCCUCAAAGUGUACAACAAGGAUCCUGCACAUGCAUUCAAUCACGCACCGAAAACUAUGAAUGGAGACAUGAGGAUGCAGAGAGAAAUUGUUUAUGCAAGAGGAGAUGGCCCUGGUGCCUCUCGACCUGGAUCCACAGCUCAUCCACCCCAUGCCAUCCCAAAUUCUCCACCGUCCACUCCUGUGCCCCAUUCCAUGCCUCCUUCCCCAUCCAGAAUUCCUUAUGGGGGCUCACGCCCAAUGGUUGUUCCUGGCAAUGCCACCAUCCCCAGGGACAGACUCUCCAGCCUGCCAGUCUCCAGAUCCAUCUCACCCAGCCCAAGCGCCAUUUUGGAAAGAAGAGAUGUAAAGCCAGAUGAAGACAUGAGCGGCAAGAACAUUGCAAUGUACCGAAAUGAGGGCUUCUACCCUGAACCUUACCUUUAUCAUGAGGGGCGGAUGAGCAUCGCCUCUUCCCACGGCGGGCACCCGCUGGAUGUCCCUGAUCACAUCAUCGCAUAUCACCGCACAGCUAUUCGGUCAGCGAGUGCGUACUGCAACCCUACCUUGCAAGCAGAAAUGCAGAUGGAGCAGUCACUGUACAGACAGAAAUCAAGGAAAUAUCCAGAUAGCCACUUGCCUACCCUGGGCUCCAAAACGCCCCCUUCCUCUCCCCACCGAGUCAGUGACCUGAGGAUGGUAGAUAUGCAUGCUCACCAUAACGCCCAUGGGCCCCCUCUCACCAUGCAGCCAGACCGGGUCUCGCCAAGCCGCCAGGCCUUCAAGAAGGAGCCAGGCACCUUGGUGUAUAUUGAAAAGCCACGGACCACCCCAGGAUUAUCUGGCAUUGUGGACCUCGGCCCUCCUCUCGUUGAGAAGCAGGUGUUUGCUUACAGCACCGCCACAAUCCCCAAAGACAGAGAGACCAGAGAGAGGAUGCAAGCCAUGGAGAAACAGAUUGCCAGUUUAACUGGCCUUGUUCAGUCUGCGCUUUUUAAAGGGCCCAUUACAAGUAAUAGCAAAGAUGCAUCUAGCGAGAAAAUGAUGAAAACUGCAGCCAGUAAGAACCACACAGAUAGUGCAGGAACCCCCCAUGUUCCUGGUGGGAAACCUCUCAGCGCCCUGGAGUCCACGGGACCCCCCAGCCAGCCCCUACCUGCUGGCGCCUCGGCCAUCCACAUGAGCCUGCUGGACAUGAGACGCAGUGUGGCCGAACUCAGGCUCCAACUCCAGCAGAUGCGACAGCUCCAGCUGCAGAACCAGGAGCUGCUGAGGGCGAUGAUGAAGAAGGCUGAGCUGGAAAUCAGUGGCAAAGUGGUAGAAACGAUGAAGAGACUGGAGGAUCCUGUGCAACGACAGCGCGUCCUGGUGGAGCAAGAGAGACAAAAAUACCUGCGCGAAGAGGAGAAGAUCGUCAAGAAGCUAUGUGAGCUGGAAGACUUCGUUGAAGAUUUGAAGAAGGACUCCGCAUCGGCUGGCCGAGUGGUUACUCUAAAAGACGUGGAAGAUGGGGCUUUUCUCCUGCGACAAGUGGGAGAAGCUGUAGCUACCCUGAAAGGAGAAUUUCCAACCUUACAAAACAAGAUGCGGGCCAUCCUGCGCAUAGAAGUGGAGGCCGUGCGGUUUCUGAAGGAAGAGCCGCACCGGCUGGACAGUCUCCUGCAGAGAGUGCGGGGCAUGACCGACACCCUGACCAUGUUGCGGAGACACGUCACCGAUGGGCUCUUGAAAGGUACAGAUGCAGCCCAGGCCGCACAGUAUGUCGCUAUGGAAAAGGCCACCGCCGCAGAAGUCCUGAAGAACCAAGAGGAGGCACUCCACACCUCAGGCCAGCCCCUCCACGGCGCAGGAGUCCUGGGCGACAUGAAGUCAGAGGUGAUGCCCUUGACAGUUCACCAUGCACAGAGCUCUCCCGUGGUCAUCCAGACCUCCCAGCUCUCCUCGGCCCUGCUGAACCCUGCCCAGCACUUGCCUGGGGGCACUGGCCCUUACCUGGCCAGCUCUCCAGCUGUCACACAGGAGGGGACCUCUGCUCUGCAGUCGGCACAGGCUCCUCAGUCCCCACAGACGCCCGUGAAUGGUUCCACCAUGCAGAGCUUGUUCAUUGAGGAAAUCCACAGUGUGAGCUCCAAGAACAGGGCGGUGUCUAUUGAGAAAGCAGAAAGGAAAUGGGAAGAGAAAAGGCAAAAUCUGGACCACUAUAAUGGGAAAGAGUUUGAGAAGCUCCUAGAAGAAGCUCAGGCCAAUAUCAUGAAGUCAAUUCCAAACCUGGAGAUGCCACCAACCUCAGGCCCACAGCCAAAGGGCGAUGCUCCAGUGGAUAAGCUCGAUCUUUCAGAAGACUCUUCAAAUUCAGAACAGGACCUGGACAAGCAGGGGGGUAAGUCCCCACCUCCUCCUCCCCCACCCCCACGGCGGAGCUACCUGCCAGGAUCGGGGCUGACCACCACCAGGUCCGGCGAUGUGAUCUACACCAGCAGGAAAGAGAACAUCACCACUAAGGCAAGCAGUGAAGAUGCUGGACCAAGCCCACAGCCUAGAGCCACAAAAUGUCCAGCAGAGGAGCCUGCUUCAGCCUGGACCCCAUCUCCACCACCAGUCACUACCUCCUCCUCAAAGGACGAGGAGGAAGAAGAAGAAGGAGAUAAAAUAAUGGCAGAACUCCAGGCAUUCCAGAAGUGUUCCUUUAUGGAUGUAAAUUCAAACAGUCAUGCUGAACAGUCCCGGGCUGACAGUCACGUUAAAGACACUAGGCCGGGGGCCACAGUCUCACCCAAGGAGAAGAAGGGCAUUUUUGGAAGUUGGAGAACAAAGCAGCCCAAGAAUUUGGAAUUUUUCCAUGAAGACGUACGGAAAUCUGAUGUUGAAUAUGAAAAUGGCCCCCAAAUGGAAUUGCGAAAGGUUACGACAGGGGCUCUAACACCUAGUGACCAUCCUAAGUGGGAAAGAGGAGUGGAGAAUAGUAUUUCUGAGGCAUCAAGAACAUCCGAAUAUAAAAUCGACAUCUUAAUGAAGGAAAAUUCCAUAUCUAAUAAGAGUUUACUUAGAGACAGUAGAAACUACUCCCAGAAAAGUAUGUCUAAGGUCAAUUCCAGUUUCCCUGGCAUUAGUUCAUCAGAAGAUGAACUAAACAAAGGGCCUAAAGUCUCAGGACCGCAGCCCCCUGUAUCUGACACUGAGACUCAGAAGAUGAAUUAUGGAAAGACAAAGGAGAUGACUCAACAAGGACAGGAAAACACAGAUAAAUGUCACCUUCCAUCUCCCGCUAGAUCAACUGAACUGAGUAUCCGUGACGUCAAAACUCAAGAUCAAGAGGUUCCCAUGACAGAGUUUGGCCAAGUUGUUCUAAGACCCAAGGGGGCUAGGCAUGCUAAUGUGAACCCUAAUGAGGACGGAGCAUCAAUGCCAAGUUCUCCCACUGAUGAAAAUGCAACCACCGACAACAUUGCUUUCAUGAUCACCAAAACCGAGGUCCAGGUCCUGUCCAGUGGAGAGGUCCGAGAUAUAGUGAGCCAAAAGGGAGAAGAUGUACAGACAGUUAACAUUGAUGCCAAAAAAGAGACGGCUUCUCAACAAGAAGGAAGUGAAAAUGAAGAGCCUGUCGUGUGCCUGGACAAGAAACCAGUGAUCAUCAUUUUUGACGAACCCAUGGACAUCCGAUCCGCAUAUAAGAGACUUUCAACCAUAUUUGAGGAAUGCGAUGAGGAAUUAGAGAGGAUGAUGACAGAGGAAAAGAUAGAGGAGGAGGAAGAGGAGGAAACUGGAGGAGACCCUUUAGCCCAGAAUAACACUUCCCAAAAGUUUCAGAAGAAGGUUGCCACUGGCAGCCUCGGAUCAGGACAGCAGGCUGAGAGCAGCUUACAGCCACGCUUCCUUUCAGCAGAGACCAAAAUACCAGGAGGACAGGAAAUGAAUGGUCCUGAGCUGAGCAAGUUCAGUCAAACGGAUUCUCCAAGUUCAGAAAGCAAGUGUGACGUGACCGAUGACCAAUUUGAAAGCCCCAAGAAAAAGUUUAAAUUCAAGUUCCCUAAAAAGCAACUCGCCGCUCUCACUCAGGCAAUUCGCACAGGAACCAAAACGGGGAAGAAGACCCUGCAGGUGGUGGUCUACGAGGAGGAGGAAGAGGACGGCGCUGUGAAGCAGCACAAAGAAGCCAAGCGAUUCGAAAUUGCUAGAUCUCAACCCGAAGACGCGCCGAGAAAUAUGCUCAGGAGACAAGAGCAGCCCAGUCUAGACAGCACCUCUCCCAUCUCAAGAACGGAUGAAAUUAGAAAAAAUACCUACAGAACGUUGGACAGCCUGGAGCAGACCAUCAAACAGCUUGAAAACACGAUCAGUGAAAUGAGUCCCAAAGCCCUAGGUGACACCUCAUGUUCUUCCAACAGAGAUGCUUUUGCAAGCUCAUCCCACAUAGCCCAAGAGGCCUCUCCCCGAGCCUUGCUAGUUCUGGAUGAAGCUCCCUCUGCCCUAGAGCCCCCCUCGUCCAUACCUUCAGCUUCACGUAAGGGCUCCAGUGGGACCCCGCAGACGAGCAGGAUGCCAGUCCCCAUGAGUUCCAAGAAUAGACCCGGAAGCCUGGACAAACCCGGCAAGCAGUCCAAAUUGCAGGAUCCCCGCCAAUAUCGUCAGGCUAAUGGAAGUGCUAAGAAAGCUGGUGGGGACUGUAAGCCUACUUUCCCCUCCUUACCUGCUUCUAAGAUUCCAGCCCUUUCUCCCAGCUCUGGGAAAAGCAGUUCUCUGCCCCCUUCUAGUGGUGACAGCUCUAACCUCCCUAACCCUCCUGCUACUAAACCAUCGGUUCCUUCUAACCCUCUCAGCCCCCAAACAGGACGACCUGCUCCCUCUGCCUCCCUCAUCCCCUCUGUCUCUAAUGGCUCCUUAAAGUUUCAGAGCCCCACUCAUACAGGUAAAGGUCACCAUCUUUCAUUCUCACUGCAGACUCAAAAUGGCCGAGCCGCCCCUUCCUCCUCCUCCGCCCCCCCCUCCCCCGCCUCCCCCACCUCACUGAAUCAAGGUGCCAAGAGCAUCAGGACCAUCCAUACUCCUAGCCUCACCAGCUACAAGGCACAGAAUGGAAGUUCAAGCAAAGCCACCCCAUCCACAGCAAAGGAAACCUCUUAAAGGCCAAUUCUAUUAGGCACAAGUUGGAGUUACAUUUAAAAAAGAAUUUUUUUUAACAGUCUUCAACAACUGUUUUCACAAGAGAAUGUAACAUAUUGCUGUACUGUUUGAGGCUUUAAUGCUAAGUAUGUGCUAAAUCCUGGAUUAAUAGAUUUCAGUAAGGCUUGUUUGUUUCUUUACUUUGUUGCUGUUGUAAUAACAUAGUGUUUACAGUCUAUAUUCAAUACCUGUUAAAUGAAGUAAGCAUGUGUUACGAAGAGAGUGUGGCAGGAAAGAAUGCGUGUGUGAGACAGGAAGAAAAUGUAUUAAGCAUGUAAAACAUGUAUGAUUCCAGAAUUUUAGUAUGUUUUGUAUAAAAAUAUUUUUCAUUACGGAGACUCGAAGUGAACAGAGAAAUACACAAGUGUGACUAUACAAAUUGUAAAACAGAUACUAUAAUAUUUCCUUUUAUUUUAGUGUUAUUUAGCUUUAUUACAGAUUUCUAUUUUUGUCAAAAACUUCAUGGUUCCUUUCAAGAUCUUUUUUGCCAAAACAUUUUGAUACUAUAGCAUUGUACAUUUGAAAGUAGUAUGCUAGAGAAUAAGCCAAUGAACUUCUAUACAGGCCAACCAGAGGCGUAUGUAGAAGGCAAUUUGACAAACCUAUUGCACUGCCAUGAAAAUGAUGUAUAAUAAUUUGCCAGCCCAAGCAAGAUAGUUUUCUUUGUUUUUCUUUCUUUCUUCGUUGUUUAACAUAUUAGGAUUCUCUAGUUGUUUUCCUUGCAGUAUCUAACCCCUUCCUUUGUUUUCUGAGACCUGGUACCCACACUAUGGCAUUGUGGAUUUUAAAAUGUACACUUCUGUACGGUUCUGUAAACUGAUCAACUUUUGUAAAUAUAUAAAUAGACAUAAAAAUACUGUAUGUGACAGCACAUAGAGUAGUUUUCCCACACCAAAGUUAAUUUUUAUGCAUGCUUUAAAAAUAUAUAUUGGGAUGGGCAGAAAUGGGACUCUCCAUACAUUUUUAAAAAGCAACAAGUUUGCACAGCUAGAGUGUUUUGUAAAUAAAUGUAUUUGUAUAACACAGUCAUGUAAUAUACAGAACUAUAAGCAGAGACUUUGCAAAACUAAAUAAAGGGCUGCAUGCUUAUUA